AUGCAGCAGUAUCACAGCUCAUCACCCUCCCUGUUGUCAUCACCGCCUUCUGCCAUUUCCGAGCCUGGAUCGCCCACUCGGAUCAUCAACGCCACCAGAGCCAACAUUGAAAUGGACGAGAUCAUUGUCGACCCCGGGUCAGCUGCCAGAUUCGGCAUUAUGCAGCAACAGGUCCAGCAACAGCAAGCCUCCGAGUACCCGCCCGGCACACAACUGACCGCCGCCGGCGUUCCUAGGAAAAAGCCGGGCCGGAAGCCUGGUAGCACAGUCAAGCCGAAGGUCGCACCUGAUGGGACUGUCGAGCCACCCAAGCAGCGUCGGCCGAGGAAACCCAAGGACCCCAAUGCCCCGCCUGUCCAGAGGAAACGCAAAGCCGCUCUUACCGAGAGCAAUGAGACAAACUCGGAGAUGGAUGCGCGGGCUGCCUCUGGUCCCCCAGCAGCAGCAGCAGCUCGUCAGCCCAAGAUCACAGAACUCACCUCGAUGCGCAUGUCGUUGGACGGUGGCGCCGGCUUCGUCCAGACGCCACCCAAGAGAGAGAGCAUGACCUCGAUGCAAAUGCAGAAUCUCCUCAACAGCGACGAGCCACCUCCGCAGCCCCAGCCGACGGCGCCUGCCAGGCAGAUGUUUGAUCCCAUCCGAGGCAACUAUGACCCCAUUAGGGAAAGCAUGGUAUCUCGCGACCCCUAUGGCACCGGAGGUCCGCUUGGCUCCCCUCGCGCGCCUGCCCAGGCUCCCAACAGGGCCAGCGCAUCGCCAUCUAUUGCCAGCCUAGUCGAUCCUCCGACCUCCAUCAUCUCACCCAGACCGACGCAAUCGUUUACAACAACUACUUCGCAGCCGCGUUUCCAGGAACCAUCAUCAGUCCCUGCUUCUCCGGCCAACCCCGUCCUGGCCACCCCCGCUACCAUGCCCAAGCCCACAUUGGCCGAAGCCAGACGUCCCCCGCCGCCACCUCCGGCGCCUGCAUCCGUUAGCAAGCCAGAACCCAAAAUGAAUUCAUUUACCAGCAUGUCGUCGAUUCCGAGCGGCUCCUCGCUUGCCGCGGUUGCUGCCCCACCCGCGCCUGUCCAGAGCAAGAAGAUCGCGGCUGUUGUCCAGCAAGAAACAAAGGCCAACAAGAAGGCGCGCAGCAGCACCAGCAGCUCGCCAAAAAUCAACGGAGUCAAGGAGAAGGACUCGCUGCCGCCCCUUCCAGCCAGCGAGCGCUCCAUCUUGGAUUUCGGGAGGGCCAAGCCCGGCGAGGAGGUCGAGCCGCCCAGCAUCGCGCUUCACAUCCCGCUCAAGCAAGGUGAGAAUAACAAGUAUGUCAACUUCAUGCGCAUGGCCGAGGAACGCUACGGAUGGGACGCUUUGCACCCCAGAUUGGCUGCCUCGCGGGAGCGCAAGGCUCUCAUCGCAGCUGCCACGGCCGCUUUGGAGAAGGAGAAGAAUGGCAGCGGCCGUGACACUGGGGACGAAAUGGAGGAAGACCUGAGCGAGGCCGACAACAGCAAUGUGGAAAUGGGCGGCAUGGGCAACGGAAAUCCGGCCAGCGGCCCCGAAGCUGCUCCUGCCAAGCCGGCGAGGAAGAAGCGGAAUUUCAAGGAGGACGAGUACGACAAGGAUGAUGACUUUGUGGAUGACUCUGAGAUGCUCUGGGAAGAGCAGGCAGCUGCGAGCAGGGAUGGAUUCUUCGUCUACAGCGGACCUCUGAUCCCCGAGGUGGAGAAGCCUGUUGUGCCCGAGGGACCCCCGAGACGCGGUCGUGGUGGACGUGGAAGAGGAUCCAGGGGUGGUGCUCGUGGCGGUGGCGAGAGCGGACGGGGCCGAGGUGGCGGGCCCGGUUCGAGAGGCGGCACCGUGAGGAAGCCAAGAAUCACGAAGCUCGAGAAGGAACAGCGGGAUAGGGAGAAGGCGGAGAGGGAGGCGCUGGCGCAGAUGGCGAGCAAAGCCGGUGCGACGACACCGGGUCCAACUGCGAACACGUCUCCCGCUGGUGCACUUAAUCUGUUGACACUUACGCCUCCGGCGGCUGGAACAGGUGUCACUUUGUAA